UAUUUUGAAAAUUGUAACAUAAAAAGGUGCACAUUGGCGUGCGUUCGAUAUUACAGAAACCUGUAACGAACAAGUGACGUUUUCUUAUAAUACUUUGUAGGUUAUGUCAUUUUUUGAAUAAAAAAUCCUUUAAAAAUUAACAAUAAUGUCGUCUAUGGCCAUUAAAACUUUGGGGAAAUUCAUCAAACCUGGAAUUUUUGAUAAGGGUACAGGAGCCCUGCUACCUGAAGCUUACAAAAAGUUUUACAAGGAAUGGAAACUGACCGAACCCACGGCCGUUCACUACAUCCCGGAAGAGGGCAAAUUUAGAAGAGAUGAAGUGACAGGGGAGGUGCGCCCCAUUCAAAACCACCCCAUUCCUGUUAUCUACCCUAAGGAAGCGCAUGAGCAGAUGUGGGGUGGCGAAGGCAUUGUGCAGGGAUUUCAAAUCAGAGACUGGCGCAGAAGACGUGUCCCCCACUUCUGGAUGCCCCAUCUCAAGCGUUCAGUGGUUUAUAGUGAAGUUUUAAAUAAAUAUAUUUCAGUUGUUGUCACCGAACGUACAAUUAGCUUGAUUAACUCGAAUUAUGGCUUCGAUCAUUAUCUUCUAAAGACACCCGCUUGUGACCUGAAGGCAUUACUGCCACUGACUUUGAAACGGAAAAUUUUGCAAGAAUUGGAGAAAGGGUGCCCCACUUAUCAAAACGAGCCCGACAAACAAAAGGAGGUCUAUAACAAAUACAAGCAAUAUCUGUCGGCUUACACUUCUGAAGAAAUAGAAUGGUACGGAUAUUCCUUCCCUGCGGCUUGUAAAAAAAUAGAGGCUUCAAUAGAAGCACAAAAUAAGCCAGUCCCGCUCAAACAUGUCUACAGGACCCAGUUAAUAGAGAAACUAAAAGAAGCAGGAAUCAAAGAAACGACUGAAGAAGUAGCAGUGGGGAGUGCUACCACUUGGCUAAACAAAAUCAAUCCAUUUGCCAAAGAAACCUAAAUUUUAGUAGUCCUCAUGUUGAAAUAAAUUACGUGUUCAUAGAA